AUGUCGUUUCAAUAUAUUACUGUACAACAAUUCUUCGGUAAUUCAUAUGUGUAUCCUUCUUCAUCGUUAUCUGUAUCAAGUAUCGCUGCUGCAAAUACAGAUCCUUUGUUAAUAUCUGAUGUUCGACGAAUUUUUGAAGGUAAACGUGUUGUUUUUGCUGGUGAUUCUGAAGUUAGACCGAUAUAUCAUGAUAUGGCAACAUUUUUAGUUAACGGUCAUCGUUUAUAUUCUACAGAUAUUACUGUUCAAAAUAGUGAAAACCUUUACUCGUAUAACAAUGAAUGUCGUGUGCGUGCUGAUGGACGACCAGGUAUGUCAAACUACGUCGAUGAACAUAUGUGUCAGUGGUCACCGUCAUCAUCAAUUCAUUACAUCUAUCUUGCUUCGCUUGAUUGUCAUGAAUCAAAUGAACUUCUCCGUUUCGUUCAAUGUGCUGAUUUAGUUGUAUUUUCAUCAGUAAAUGGUGAUAUGAAUUGUAUCAGUUUACUAUUUAAUCAACAUCAAUUUAUUAAUCUUCAAUCAUGUAUAUUCAUGUCGGUUAAUCCAUCAACUAAACUUGAAAAUGUUAUUAAACAAGUUGAAAGUUCGAAUAGACUUAUUUCAUUUACGAUCAAACAACCAAAUGAUAAAAAUAUGAAUGAAAACAACAAAUGGGAUUUAACUCGAACUAUAUUGAUACACAAGUCAUCUUAUCUUCGUUCAGUUGUACUUAAAUAUCCUUAUGAUUACGUAGAUGUAUCAAAUUAUAUUUCAAUUGUUUCGAAUACUACAUCACUUAAUUUGUUAAUAAUAAGAUAUCUAUAUACGAUAAUAAAACAUGAAGUUCUAUUUCAAAAUAAUAAUUGUUUAAUUGAAACGCCACCUAUUAAUGAAAAUGAUCUUCCUAUAUCACCACAAAUGACAUCCUUCGAUUCAACAAUUUUUGCUGUAUGUGACAGUCGUGCAAUCGCUUAUAUUUUACGUUGUAUGCCUAAUCUUAUUCGUUUUAUUUUUCUUUAUGCAAGAUGUUGA